CGGCUCCGCGGGCUGUCAGCGGCAGAAGGGCGGCGGAGGCUCGACGGGGCGGGCAUGGCCGCGCUCAACGGUGCUGUGGAGAACGGGCAGCCCGACAGGAGGGUACCGCCGCUGCCGCGGCCCCUGAGGAGCCUGGAGGUGAAGUACACCAAGAUAUUUAUUAACAACGAAUGGCACGAGUCUACAAGCGGAAAGAAGUUCCCCACCUAUAACCCUUCAACGCUGGAGAAAAUCUGUGACAUUGAGGAAGGAGACAAGCCUGAUGUGGAUAACGCAGUGGAAGCAGCGAAGGCAGCGUUCCAGAGGGGUUCUCAGUGGAGACAGAUGGAUGCCUUGAGCAGAGGACGGCUCCUACACAAGCUGGCUGAUCUUCUUGAGCGAGACAGAGUCAUCCUGGCAACUCUGGAAACAAUGGACACAGGAAAACCUUUUCUGCAGGCUUAUUUCAUUGACCUGGAAGGCUGUAUAAAGACACUUCGAUAUUAUGCUGGAUGGGCUGAUAAAAUCCAGGGUAGAACUAUCCCAGUGGAUGAAAACUUCGUGUGUUUCACCAGGCAUGAACCAAUGGGUGUUUGUGGAGCUAUAACCCCGUGGAACUUCCCAUUGCUGAUGCUUGUUUGGAAGAUGGCACCAGCACUGUGCUGUGGAAACACUUUGGUUAUUAAGCCAGCUGAACAAACGCCUCUGACAUCGCUGUACAUUGGCUCGCUGAUUAAGGAGGUGGGCUUCCCUCCAGGUGUGGUGAACAUUGUGCCUGGCUAUGGCCCCACAGCUGGAGCUGCUAUUUCUACCCAUCACAGUAUUGAUAAAAUUGCUUUUACUGGAUCAACAAAGGUUGGAAAACUGAUCAAGGAAGCUGCUUCUAAAAGCAACCUCAAAAGGGUGACGCUAGAGCUUGGAGGAAAAAACCCCUGCAUCGUGUGUGCAGAUGCUGACUUGGACUUGGCAGUGGAGUGUGCCCAUCAAGGCGUGUUCUUCAACCAAGGGCAGUGCUGCACAGCGGCCUCGCGCGUGUUCGUGGAGGAGCAGAUAUACCCGGAGUUUGUCAAGCGCAGCGUGGAGUACGCGAAGAAGCGACUCGUUGGAGACCCCUUUGAUGCCAGAACUGAACAAGGGCCCCAGAUUGACCAAAACCAGUUUGAUAAGAUCCUGGAGCUGAUAGAAAGUGGGAAGAAAGAAGGUGCUAAGCUGGAGUGUGGGGGUCUUGCCAUUGAAGACAGAGGCCUGUUUAUAAAGCCCACCGUGUUUUCAGAGGUCACUGACAACAUGCGGAUCGCCAAAGAAGAGAUUUUUGGGCCUGUUCAGCCGAUUAUGAAGUUCAAGAGUAUAGAAGAGGUCAUAAGAAGAGCCAACAAUACUGAGUACGGACUCACGGCUGCGGUGUUCACAAAGAAUCUGGACAGAGCGUUAAUGUUAGCUUCUGCAUUGCAAUCAGGAACUGUCUGGAUCAACUGUUACAAUGCACUCUAUGCACAGGCUCCUUUUGGUGGCUUUAAAAUGUCAGGCAAUGGCAGAGAACUCGGUGAAUAUGCCUUGGCAGAAUAUACUGAAGUGAAAACAGUCACCAUUAAACUCUCCCAGAAGAGUCCAUGAAAACAGAAGGCCUAAACAUGCUGACACUCUGAAUGUGACACAUCGGGGGUGUAUUCAGAGCAAGUGGGAGGGGAGGGGUAGGAAAGAAAAUGGAAACGCCUAACUUUUUUCCUCUAGAAACAUUGAAUCUACUGGACUCCAUUUUGUCAACUGGCUCUUGGAAAACGGAUUUAACUGACCCUACUGGCAGCAUAGCACACGCGUGUUCUGCGCGAGUCCCUGGCUGUACCUCUGUCUGCUACCUGUGACUAAAAUGCUGGUCAGUCACCUGUCAGCGGGACAUCUGCUUUCAAACUGUACCCCUGAAGGACUUGGACAUCAAGGGCGUGUUAGAGAGACUUCUGGUACCUUUAGCAAUUAGUUGAUUGUGAAACAAUUAGUUGAUUGUUAAACACCUUCAGAGGCAUGUGGGUUUCUCUUGACAUGAAUGGACCGGAGUAGUAGGGCUAAUACAACUUAACUGACGUUGAUGGAGUUUGUGUGAAGACUGCAGAUGAAGUUGUGGAUGGGAGUGCAAGCUUUCAAGGAAGGAUCUAAAGAAAUUUUGUUUGAAAGAGCUAUCUUGGUCUCUCUAAAGAUACGUGCAGCCUCCAUAUUGGUGAUAUUCUAGCCCUGAAUGAGAUUGAUGGGAGUUUCCUGGAGGACUCUUUUGGGGCCAUUAUUUCACCCAACAGAGCUAGACUUUAAAGUGUCCUUUGAACCUGUUUUGGUGUGCACACAUUACACAUGCUGCAUAUGCAAGUCACUGACUUGCUAGCCCUUCUGGCUCCGAAUGAGUCACAAUUGUAUCUCAUACCUUCACUAUAGCACUUUUUGCAAGAGGAUUUUGCACUGUACUUACCGUGAUGACGCAGAGUUGAAUUCUAAACAUGUAGCAUGGUAGAUACCCCACAGAAAACAUCCCACACCAGUCCUUCUGAUCUUGGAGAGGGAGCGGAAGAGCUGCAAGAAGCUGUCCUUCUCUCUCUUUCACUUUAACUUUCAGGCUGUGUGAACAUCUCUUCAUUUUUUGAGCCAGAGCUGUCAAUAUGAGAGUAAAACUUAUAAGCUCUUCUCACCGCUUCGUUUUCCCUUGUGAAUGUAGCUUAAAAUAGAGUUCUGGAAGUACAGUAUAAAAAGGCAGGUGCUCCCAAGCACAUACUGAAUGCUGAAGAUGUGGGUGUACAAAUGAGUUACCAAGGAAUAAGCUAUGGCUGGACUUAAUGUGUCAGCACCUCUGCAGUAAAUGCCUCUGGAAGUGCCAUCGUCUUGUAGUUGGUCCUUCACUGAGGAGAAAACUGCUUUGAAUUCUCUUGCUUAUAGUCAUACAAGCAUGCACGUACAUGAAUAGCAUCCUCGGAGUGGCUGUCAUAAUAAGUUCAUGCCUUAGCAUCUCCUGCAGUAAUUUCUUUGCACACCCAGACAUUACUUACUACGAGAUUGAUGAAAAGCCACCUGCUGCCUUCAGGUCCUGAGUUCACUACUUUCCUUCCCCCUCCUCCUGAUCUGUACUGGAGAACCACUGGCAAGAGUAGGGGAAGUUCCACGUCUGCAGGAGCUGUACGUAUGCAGG